AUGGAUAUCCCGCCUCCGGCUGGCGACGUCGCUAUGUCCGAACCCGAGUCCGAACACCACAUCGUCAAGGCCGACGAAAUGGAUCAGACGGGCACAGAUAUCUCGCCCGUCUCAGACGACCAAUUGAUGGAGGAAGUCGCUCAGGGCAUUCGCCAAGAACAAGAACAAGCUGAACAGGCCGCGCCUACAGCGGAACCCACCCAGCCUGAGCAAGCCCCCAAGCGACCCGAACUUCGUCGAGAUAACUCUGCGCCUCCUCCUCCUCCGCUUCAACCACCUCCUCCAGCCCCAGUUCAGCAGGAUGCAGAUCGCCCAACAGACUCCCUAAGUCUGGCUCAGCUGCGUAAGCUUGUGCAAGACAUGCCCAAGAUCGAACAACCUGCUUAUGCGUUCGAAUAUGCCGAUGCUCAAUCAUUCCCAGAUGAGAUUGAGGAAUGGUUCCAGUACAAUGAGUUCGAUCGAGUCAUGUUGGUUGGCAUGAAGUCCACUUUCGGCCGCCAAUGGAGCGACUUCACCUUGAGAUAUGCCUCGCAAACCCCUGGAGUAUCAUGGAUAGAAGCCUCGGAAAGCUUGCGCCGGAACUUUGUUAGAGAAUCUCUCGAUAAAACACGGCACCCGGACGUUUCGGUGCGACUGGAAGCCCUGGAGAAUAUCUGCUAUGCUGUGACGGGUACAUGGGGUUCCACCGCCGGACGAGUCGCGCAAGACUUCCCAUCCAGCCCCGAUUCGAAGACAGCGGAGACUUCUCGAUCAAAAUCUCUCCAAAUUGAGUGGAUUGAACAGAACGUCUCGCUUGUCCAACAAUGUGAUGGAAUUUCCGUUCUAGUGGAGAGAUUGAGUCAAAUAUUCGACAAGAGCCGCCCCUCCUUUGGUCCUGACCCUGAUGGGAUUGAAUUUGAACAUCUCAGUGCAGGGGACAUUGCCGCCCCAGAGCGUGAGGCCAAUUUAUUGCUCACUUCAUUGUACUUCACCGUUGAAGUGGGCCGAAGGCAAGAGGGCCAAGACCCCCAGUGCACUCUAAUUCGUGAUUCGCUUGUCGAAUCCAAGCCCUGCCUAUUGGUAGCAAUUGUUGAAAUCAUUGCGAGGCUGAGAUGGGACGAAUCUGCCAAUAUUCCCCUCACUAGAAUCAUCUUGCUUUUAUGGAAGACGUUACUCCUUGUCUUCGGUGGCACCGAGCGGUUAAAGAGAGCCAAAGAAGUUCUGGAACCAAAAUUCAAGACUGAAGAGGACUCGACGAACCGAAGAACUCCCUUCUUAACCGCAUCACCCUUGGACUAUCAGACCUUCCGUCAGGAAAUCACAUCCAAAUAUCCUGCCUACAACCCCCCGCCAGCUCUCGUUCCCCUUGAGCUUGAUAAUAAUUCAAUUCUCCCACCUCUCCCCCCAACAUCCCCACAAAACAACAGCGCCAUUCUGCGGAGUUGGCCCGUCUGUCGCUAG